AUAAUAGAAUAAUGAUUAGUGUAGCAUGUUUUGAACGGAGUUAGUGACGUUUUUUGUACAAAAACAAACAAGUGAAAUGCCGACUAAUAUUAUGUUUACUUAUAUGAGUGAGAGUGAGCAAAGAGGAUAUUUUUGAAUGGAGAAUGCACAAUAUUAUAUUAUAACCUCCAAAAAGCGUAUUAGCAGCAGAACAGAAGUUGAAAGCGAUUAUUACCAUUUUUGUAAACAAUUGCAAAUAAUUUAUUGCGAUGACAAAUUGCAACAAGCAAGUGGUGAUUAUUGAGCAAGAACAGCUGUGCGCUUAAAGCAAAAUUGAAUUUUUAGUUUGGGCGGACAAUCAUCAUCAAUCGCCUUGACAACAACAGCUACCACAAUUAUUACGGCGUGUCUGGGGCCAUACACGCUAGUUUAUUGAAAUGUAUUAGGGGAGGAGAACCGAGAGAGCGAUUGUUUGUAAACAAAGGAUGGUAUGAUGAAAAUAAGGAGUCGUUACAAUUGAAAAAACCGAAGAAAUUGUAAAGACGUAAAUAAUUGACUACUUAAAUGGCCGAGAAAUCUUAUUGUGUGCGAAUUAUUUUUGUAUAAAAGAUUUAUUAAAAAAACAAAAGAAAACCACAAUCAACCAAUCACACAACCGUACAAUUAUGACCGAUGAAUGUAUAACAAUAGAGCACAUUACAAGUGCUACGCUAAAAAUGAGUGCUAUUGAUAAGCAUGACGCUUUAGGUAUCGGCUGUGGCGAAGAAUCUGCUUCAUCGCCUAGUAAUGGUUUCACUUUGAACGCAAAUACUAUAAACAUCCAUAAGCAUGUGGCUCACGUCGCUUGCAUGCCCACCGAACGUAAUGCAAUGGAGUAUAAUAUGAACCAUAAAAGACGUGGCUUAGCCCUAAUAUUCAACCAUGAAUAUUUCGACAUACCAUCGCUGGAGAGUCGCAAGGGUACUAAUGCGGAUUGUGAGAAGCUGAAGAAAGCUUUUAAAAAAUUAGACUUCGAAGUAACUGAUCAUAAAGAUUGCAAAUUAAGGGAGCUUCUAGAGUGGAUUGAGAAAGCCGCUACUCAAGAUCAUAGUGAUAAUGAUUGCAUAGCCAUAGCAAUAUUAUCGCAUGGUGAACAAGGUUACUUAUAUGCCAAAGAUGUCAUGUACAAAAUUGAUACUAUUUGGCAUUAUUUCACUGCCGUCUCUUGUCCUACGUUAGCUGGUAAACCAAAAUUAUUUUUUAUACAAGCAUGUCGUGGCGAUCGUUUAGAUCCGGGCAUUAAACUACAAAAGACUGAAACGGAUGGCGAUGGCUUAUCAAUAUCCUCUAUGAGUUAUAAAAUACCCAUACAUGCUGAUUUUCUUAUAUCCUAUUCCACAAUACCGGGUUUCUAUUCUUGGCGCAACACCUCCAAUGGUUCAUGGUUUAUACAAUCUUUGGUAGAAGAGUUGAAUACACAUGGCAAGGAAUAUGAUAUCUUAACUUUGCUGACAUUUGUCAAUCAACGCGUUGCCAUGGAUUAUGAAUCCUGUGUUCCCACUCGCCCAAUAAUGGAUCAACAAAAACAAAUACCGUGCAUUACAUCGAUGCUGACGCGUAUAUUACGUUUUAGCGAUAAAAGUAAAAAUUGUAACCGUUAAGAGAGAGAUAAGCGGCAGAAAUUUUUUAGAAUUUAUCAUUCUUUAUAAAAAUUGCAUAAGUUUCGACUCCUUAGCCAGUUUUAAAAAAAUAAGUUUGUAACCCUCUGCCACCUUUGCCUAAAUUUAGUUAACCAUUUUUUUUUUUUUUUUUUUGCUAAUAAAAUUAAUUAGAACAAAAAGAAAAAAGAAACGAUAAACAAAAUUGGAAAAGGCAAUCCCAAUAUAAAUAUGAAAAUUUCAAAGCAUUGCUGGCUUAUUCACUAACCAUUGAGUUUAUAAGUAAAAAAUGGUAAAAGGCAUUUUUUUUUUUUUUUUAUAGCAACAAACAAUCGUACAAAUUUACAUCAAUAAAAUGUAUGGAACGAAAUUUCAGAAAAAAAAGUAAAAAAAAAAAAAAGAAAAAAAUCA